AUGGCGUCCUCCAUCCCCCCCACGCCCAUCAUUGCGCCUCCCACGCCCGACACCGAUGCCAGCUUCUCGCGCCACCACAGCUUCUCUCUCCGCCGCGGCAGCAGCACCACCGCAGGCCUCGGGAUCGAGGGCCUCCCGACGCCCGAGUCCUCGACCUUCGACGCCGCGGCCCUCUCGCCGCCCACAGAGGACAUCUUCCCGCCCAACUACAGUCUCUCCUCGACGCCCGAGCAGCCGCGGUCCACGCCACCGUCGGCAUCGCUAAACAAGCGCGGCGGCCCGUUCAACUUCCAGCCCAUGGUGGCUGCGAAGAGCCCGCCUGUUGGGAAGCCGAAUCAACGUCGUGGGCAUAGAUACAAGCACUCCUCCAUCUCGCACCAGAUCUUCCUCGAGCCGCCGCCGCGUGCGCCCCUCGUGCUGCCCGCCUCCCUCCCAAUCCCAACACGAGCCGAGCUCUUCCGCUCCAUAACCACCAACCAGCGCACCCGCGUCCUAUGGUGCAUCUGCCACCUUGCCGUUGCCAUCUUAACGCUCUACUCCGCCGCCGGCUCCCUCGCCGUCACAGCACUCUCCCACCUCCUCGUCUUCGACGCCCUCAGCGCCUCCGUCUGCGUCGUCGUCGACGUGCUCUCAAACUUCGAAGUGUGGGGGCGUAGCAGCAUCCGCCACCCCUUCGGCCUUGAGCGCGCCGAGGUGCUCGCCGGCUUCGCAAUGGCCGUGCUCCUGCUCUUUAUGGGCUUCGACAUUAUCUCGCACACUGCCGAGCACCUUGUCGAGGGCCUCUACACUACCGAGACCUCCCACGAAUCACACAUGCACUCUGUCCGCGUCUCGCCGGGGUCCGUGGACCUCGCUGCCCUCGCCGCGCUCGCGAGCUCCCUCGUGUCGGGCUUCCUACUAAAGAACCAUGCGCGUAUUGGCCGUGCUGUGCUGCAGUCGAAUCCCUCACACCUGCUGACGGUUGUGGCGUCGUUCACACUGCUGCUUAUCCCGCUGACGUCUGUGGGCUUCUCGUCGUUGCUGGACCGGGGGAUGGCGCUCGGAAUGGCGCUGUCAAUGAUUGCUAUUGGCGUGCGGUUGGUCAAGGUGCUUGGAGGCAUGCUGCUGAUGAGCUAUGGCGGUGCAGGGGUUGCGGAUGUCGUGCGCGCGAUCGAGGAGGAUGAGGCCGUCACGGGCGUGGUGGACGCGCGCUUCUGGCAGGUCCAUCAUGGGCUGUGUAUGGCGUGUUUGAAGGUUGGUAUUGCGGCGAACGCGGUUGGAGAGGUCGGCGAGAAGGGGCUGAGGGAGAGAGUCGGUAGGCUUGUGAGGGAUAAGUUGGGCGGCGGCAGCGGCGGCGCGGGGCCUGGACGGGUUAGGUGGGAGGUGAGCGUGCAGGUAACGGGUGGGAAGGUUUAG